GCCAGCCAUGGCAUCCAAAUGCCCCAAGUGCGACAAGACCGUCUACUUCGCGGAGAAAGUAACUUCCUUGGGAAAAGACUGGCACAAAUUCUGCUUGAAAUGCGAACGCUGCAGUAAGACACUGACCCCUGGUGGACAUGCUGAGCAUGAUGGGAAGCCCUACUGCCACAAACCUUGCUACGCAACGUUGUUUGGACCAAAAGGUGUAAAUAUUGGAGGGGCGGGAUCAUACAUCUAUGAUAAGCCUCAGAAUGAAGGGCAGUUGGUGUCAGGCCCGGUUGAGUUUGUAUCCAAGACGGAAGAAAAAAAAGUUAAUACUGCACCCAAGGCACCCAGCAGAGCCUCCAGCAUUACCACCUUCACUGGGGAGCCCAACGUGUGCCCACGCUGCUCUAAGAAAGUUUAUUUUGCUGAGAAGGUGACUUCAUUGGGCAAAGACUGGCACCGCCCCUGCCUACGGUGUGAGCGUUGUGGGAAGACUCUAACACCUGGAGGACAUGCCGAGCAUGAUGGACAACCUUAUUGCCACAAACCUUGCUAUGGGAUUCUCUUUGGACCAAAGGGAGUGAACACGGGUGCAGUUGGCAGCUAUAUCUAUGACAAAGACCCCGAGGCAAAGGACGAGCCUUAAGAGUGCCAUCUGCCUGUCCGUCCGU